AUGCACGCUGGACCCACGCUUGCAGCCGCGGUUUCGGGUGUUGCGUGGUUCCUCCGGCUUCUCAAACGAGACUGUCAGACCGUGGACGGUGAAAGCCCUCGCUUCGAAGCCCUCACCAGCCUUGCUCACACACUCUUCUUAAAGGAGUUGGUUCUCAGAAGCUGCCUCGCUGAACGGCUGCCCGUUGUUUCUGUUGGGAUCGGGCAAGUCAGCGGCUGUUUGCUAACAGAACAUAAAGCAUCACAGAGUGGGCUGAACUGCGAUGCUGCAAACCAGAGCACUUUAAAAUAUGGACCUUCCAAGCUCAGGUCUGUGAGGUUGAGAAGGUCUCCACAGUCUGGAGUCUGGUCUCUGAGAAGCUCAACAUACCUGUCAAUCAACAGGGACUCCUCUACAAAGGCAAGGCGCUGGCAGGAUUACGAGCGGGGCCUGCGCUUGUUGAGUCUGGAUGAUAUGGAGCGGCUGGCAACCCGCAUGCUUCACCCUGAGGCUGUGGAGUGCAUGGAGCUAUCCCUCCUGGACUGAGGAAUACUGCUGCUGCCCGCUGCCCUCUCCCCCUCUGCACUCUCUCCUCGCCCCUCGCCUCUCUGCCCUUUCCCCUUUCCCAUC